GUAGUACUACCACAUCCCAAGUUCCCAACUCUAGCAAAUCACACUUAAAUACGUAAGCUAGCCGGCCUCCUCAUUUCAUUGGCUAGCUUCGAACCCAGCAGCUCUCAUAAGUUUCUCUUCCACACCACCACACACCGGCCGAUCGAUCACACGGGCGCGAGAGCAAACAUGGCUCGCGCCAGCGCCGCCGUGGUCCUCUUCGCGCUGCUCUGCUGCCUCCUCGUGGACCUUUACCCGGCGCGCCGCCCCGGCGAGCUCCCGCCGCAGGUGAUAACAGCAGCACACGAUCCCGUGGGUGAUCCCCGCGAGGCCUCCGCCGAGCCGCUUCUGCCCACCAAACUGGUGGCGUUGGAGGAGGUGGACCCGGUCCGACGGGCUCCGCAGGUCUUCCAGUGCGGCGGUGAAGACGUGGCGGCGGCUGUGACUGCGAGCAGCAGCUCAGAGGAGGGCGCUCAGCCACGGCCGGAGAGCGGGGCGGAGGAGGAGGCCGGGAUCAUGGGGUGGUUCCGGGGCUCCGACACCGACUGCGACGACUCCGGCUCCGACACCGACUGCGACUCGGAUUCUGACGACGAGCACGACGGGGGCUGGAUCAUGGGGUGGUUCUGGAGGCUGGCGCGUCGCUUCUGAUCUGAUCGGUCCUGGCAACAAGAGCGGCCGGCCGACGAUGGCUGCAGCGGAGGAGCGUCCUGUCCCGUGUCCGGUGAUGUGAUGACUAGUAGUUCGGUAGUUGUGUGUGCCGUGUGCGUUUGGGGGUUUACCACUAUGUACAUGUAUGAUAUACUGGUGGAUGAAUAAAUGAUAAUCAAGUUUUAUGCAUGUA